UUUUUAUAUGAUCUAAAAAUGUCUUUUCUCCGUCUUUUUUUUACACUGUUCCUCUCUGUUUUGUGCCUCUCCGGGAUCUAUCUUACAGAAGCACUAAAAGGAUCAGGUUUUAGUUUUGAACUAAUUCAUCGUGACUCUCCAAAGUCUCCUUUCUAUAACCUUAAAGAAACUCCCUUCGAACGAUUGAGAAAUGCGACACGUCGUUCUUUUAAACAUGCCAAUCGUUUUGAUCGGAAAUCCCUAUCUAAUCUAAGUGCAGCAGGUGAUCAAGCUGAUAUCAUCUCUGACGGCGGCGAGUACCUUAUGAAUAUAUCAAUCGGUACCCCGCCUUUUCCGAUUCUAGCCAUCGCUGAUACCGGUAGUGAUCUUAUAUGGACUCAGUGCAAGCCUUGCAUUUUCUGUUACAUGCAACAAGCUCCUCUUUUUGACCCUCAAAAUUCCUACACUUAUAAAGAUGUUUCGUGUUACUCCGGGCAAUGUGCAUCUCUAGAAUCAUCCGUUUGUUUGGCCUGGUUCGGACAUGAUUCGUGUCUAUAUUCAGUAUCAUAUGGGGAUGGAUCGUUCUCAAAUGGAAAACUCGGUACUGAUACUAUAACUGUCAGUUCAACCAACGGAAGCGCUGUGCCUCUCCCCAAUAUCGUCUUCGGUUGUGGACACAACGAUCUUGGAACCUUUGAUGCAAAAGCAACUGGCAUAGUUGGCUUAGGAGGCGGUGAUAAUUCUCUCAUCUCCCAAAUGGGCGAUUCAAUAGACGGCAAAUUCUCUUACUGCUUGGUGCCAAUAGUAUCAUCUAAAAAUGACCCCAUUUCUAGCAAAAUUAAUUUUGGUAGCAAUGCAGUAGUUUCAGGUUCUGGAGUGGUUUCCACUCCUCUGGUUGCUAAAGAUCCGGAAACUUAUUACCUUCUUACUCUCAAAGCAAUCAGUGUUGGAAACAAAAGUAUCCCUUUUCUUGGUUCUUCAUUUGGAACCACAGAGGGAAACAUUGUGAUUGAUUCAGGAACUACGUUGGCACUUAUGCCACAAGAGUUUAACUCUAGAUUAGUUUUAGAAGUAUCGAAAUCCAUCGAUGCUGCACCCGUUCAAGACCCCGAGGGAACGUUUGAUCUUUGCUACAUAGCUGAUUCCAAUUUUGAGCCUCCAGUAAUCACUGUGCAUUUUAGUGGUGCAGAUGUGAAGUUAAGUUCCUUGAACACUUUCGUGCCGGUUAGUGAAAAAGUUGUGUGUUUUACUUUCAAAGGUGUUGAAGGCUCUGCAAUUUAUGGAAAUUUGGUGCAGGCAAACUUCUUGAUUGGGUAUGACACUCAGAAACAGAUUGUUUCAUUUAAGCCAAUUGAUUGCGCCAACGAGUAAUUUGUGAUUGAUUUCUGGGUUUGUAUGCAAUUGUGUUAUUCAAUUUGGAGUGAUUAGAGUUUCAAAAGAAAAAACAAGUGAUUAGAUUAGCUUAAUAAGUCUUAUGUAUUUUAUAUUUAAUAAUACAAUAAACCCU